GGGAUCAAGCGCUGUCAGCGCGACAGGCAGCGGCGCGCAGAACUGCAACAGGCCAAGGGGGAUUGUGACCAGUUGCAGGAGGGCGACCUGCUCAACGACGACGAUGAGCACCUCCUCGAGGACACCUACACCCAGUGGCGGCUCCAACAGUGCAACGACUACGUCUGCUCGCCCUGGGCGGAGCACGCCACCGAGGCUCAGGAGCGCGUGGGCACUCACAUCCCAGCGGGCGAAGAUGUGCAGGCCAGCAUCGCGUACCAGAUGGACCCUUACAUGGCGCAGGCGUUGGCGGUGCAGUACGGAUACUGGGCCGAGGAGCAGACGGCCGACUCGCAGUUCGGCCACGCCUGCGCGCAGGACAUCGGUGGCAAGUGGGCCAGUUUCCACGCCAGGGUGCAGGAGCAGCUCAUCGCGCUUGGGCGCCACCGCCACACCGAAUACCAGCGCAAGGUGCAGGGCAUCGUCUCCGACAUCAUCAGCGACAUCAGGUACCUCCUCACCGCCCAGGGGCCCGUGCCCGACGACCAGCUGCAGGCAACCAAGGGGAAGUGGCGGGUGCACCUGGACGACGACAGGGUCCUCGGCCACGGCGAGCGCAUCCGCUACUCCAGGAACUUCCCCGAGUGGCAGACGGACGAGGUGCAGGUCUUCGACGAGACCUGCGUCGACCCCGACACUGGCGAGGUCUGUGACACUGUGCAGGCCUCCACUGAGGCCAGGGCACGCCGCUGGCGUGACCGCCGGACCAGCAAGCCCGACCGCGUGCGCUCCUUGCGCGAGGCGCUGGGCGAGCUGCGGACCCUGGCUCGCGAGGCGCUGCCAGAGCGGCGCUACCACACGAGAGACGACAUGGUGAACGCCGCCAGGACUUUUCCCAAGGCCACGGGCAAGGGCUCUGAUCAGUGGACGCCAGGCCACCUCCUCGCGGUCUCCGACCAGGGGCAGGAGGCGUUCGCCACCCUGCUCAACAUGGUGGAGCGCGCCUUGGCCUGGCCGCACCAGCUCCUCCACAGCUGGUACGCCCUCCUGCCGAAGGGCGCCAAGCAGGUGGUCGGCAACGAGAGGGGCAUCGGCCUCCUCCCCAUGCCCGUGCGCAUCUGGGGCCGCAUGACCAAGGCCACUCUGACUGAGUGGUGUGGCAAGCGAGCUGGACACUGGGACGCUGCGGUGCGUGGGAGUUCCGCGCUGCAGGCUGCCCUGCUCACCAUGGUAGCAACUUCUUUGAUGGACGUGGAGAAGUUCUACGACUUCAUGGACUUGGCCUUGAUGAUCCACAAGGGCAUCUCCCUCGAGAUGCCGCCCGUCGAGCUGUACCUGCGCUGCCUCACGUACUUGGCGCCGCGAGCGGUCAAGUCGCACGGGGCCUUCAGCUCGACCAUCGCCCCCAACUGCUCGAUCCUCCCUGGCUGUGGGAAGGCCAACCCCUGGGCAAGAGCCUUCCUCUACCACCUGUUGGAGGCAGCCCAUGCGAGAGCACCUGCGGCAAGGGCGCGGCAGUACGUGGACGACGUGCACAGCCGCAUCGAGGGCACGGCCGACGAGGUCCUCGACCAGACCAAGGACGUCGCUGUCACCCUGGCGCAGGGCUGCCUCGACCUCGGCCUGCGCGUCUCGCCCAAGUCCAUCCUGAUGAUGACGAGGCCCAAGGACGAGAAGGCGGUGUUGAAUCACGUGUACCAGGAGAUUGGCAUCCGUUUGCAGAGGGCCUCCACGGCGAAGGACCUCGGCAUCGACUGCACCAUGGGAACCAGGCGCAGCAACAAGACGGCCAGGACGCGGGUGUCGGCAGCGAGGGCGAGGGUUACGCGAACAAGUUUAUUCCGCCGGUUGGGGCGCGGCAACAAGAGGACCAAGGGCGUCAUGCUGCACAGCGCCAACAUCAGGGCGAAGUACCAGUUCGCCAACCCGAUCAUCGGAGUGCCCCCUUCGACGACAACGCGGCGACGGGCCCAGGCAUCGGACCUCACAGGCCACACUGUGGGCGGGCGCUGCACCUCCACCACGCUCCUGCUGCGCUACCAGGACGACGAGCCCAAGAGGGCGGCUUUGGCGCAGCAGGUGAAGGAGUGGUUCCACUUCUGGGCGCGCCACCCGAAGCUGCGAGACCGUGUUCGACUUGGAUGGCGAGCGGUGCUCAAGAGACUCCUGCAUGUGCGACCUCGUGCUCGGUGGAAGUGUGUCACGGGGCCCAUGGGCGCGAUCACCCUGGCCCUGCGCGACAUCGGCUGGAUACCGCGGGCGCCCGACGCCUGGAUCGACGACGAAGGCUCCGAGUGGCGGCGCCUCGGCAACGAUGACGACGGCGCGCAGGACCUCGUGAAGGCGAUCAAGAGCACCGUGACGCGCCAGCUGUGGCGCCAGGCUGGUGACCACCCCCUCGGAGCGGGCCUCGGCGACGGCGGCGACCUCCACAUGCUGAGAGUCAACCUGAGCAGAAUGCGCCGCCGGGAGCGCCACAAGGAGGCAGGCGCCCUGGAGGCGGCAGCGCUGGCUGGAAUCUGGACGGGAGCGAGGGCACUAGCGGCAGGCUAUAAGUGCUCCGACGACUGCGAGCGCUGUGGCGAGGGCAAGGACACCAUCGAGCACAGGCUGUACUUCUGCUCGGCCACUUGCGAGAUGGAGGAUCC